AUGAAUUUAGUUGAUUAUGAAAUUUCCAGUGAAGAGGAAUUUGAAACAUUAUCGCUAAAUGAUAAAAAAUACAAUAAUAUAAAUAAAAAUGAAAGAAGUUGUAAUAUUAAUAAAGAAACUAAAAUAGAUAAUAAUAAUGCUGAAGUAAAGAAAUGCGAACAUAAAAAGUUCACUAGUUUUCAAGUAGAAAUAAAUGAAAAUAAUAAUAAUGAAAAAGUAUUAGAAAAGGAGAACAUAUUUAGCCAUUAUAAAAAGAGAAAAAUAGAAAAAGAUGAUAUGAUAGAAACAAACAAUAAUUCAUCUGUGGAAUCAUUAAAAGAAAAUUUUAUUAUAGAUAAUGAAAAAAGAAAUAUAGAUAAAAAACAUUCUAAUACUUUAUGCCUAGAUGAACUAAAAAAAAAUAAAGAGUUGUUAGUUGGAAAAAAUGAAUUAAAAAAAUACAAAAAAGAAUUAGGAGAAGAAAAUAUCGAAGAAAAAAAUGAAAAAAUAAAUAUAGACAUUUUGAAACAAGAACAAAUAGGAGAAAAUAUGAAAGAAAAAGAAAAACAUAUAUAUAAUUUAAAAGAUAAAGAAAUCAAAAAUAAUUAUAAAAAUGAAAUAAAUGAAAAUAAUUCAAAAGAAUAUAAAAAAAAAAAGAAAAAUAUUGAAAACGAAGUAAAUAAAAAUAUCUCAAAAAAAGAUGAUGAUGAAAAAGAAGAAACAAAAGAUAAAACAAAAGAUAAAACAAAUAAAAACAUUAAUAAUUUACAUAAAGAACAGAAUAAUAAUAAUAAUAAUAAUAAAGAAAAAAAUUUAAAUGAAGAAAUCUUUAAUAAUAAAAAAUUUUUUGAAAAUAAUGAUUUUAUGAAUAUUGAUAUAGAUGAAAAUAAUUUUGAUGAAAUAUUUUUCUUACGAGAAAAUGAAUAUUCUGAUACUUUAAAUAAAAAAAUAGAUGAUUUAUCACAAUUAUAUGAAAUAAAUUUAACAAUUAAUAAAAAUAUUACUAAUUCAAAUGAAUAUAAAAAUCCAUGCAUUUUAGAAAAAAUUAUGCAAAUAUUUAAUAUUGAUGUAUAUUCAUCUAAUUAUCCAAUAAAUAUAUACAAUCCUCGUGAUUUUUUAUCAGUUGAUUUGUUUAACGAAAAAAAAGAUCAAGCUACUCAAAGUAAAGCAAAAACAAAAUGGUCAAACAUAAAUUAA